CACAAAUUGAAGUCGUAGAUAAGGUGCCCUUUUCUCCCCCUCUCCUCCCAAUACCUCUUCAUUCAUACGACCCUUUGGUCAAAUCAAGAAACCGAUAUAUAUACACCACUACCUUAAUCGCUGUUAAUAACCCUCUGCUGUUUUGUACCUUCCAAUUAAAGCAAAAGGAAAUUUAAAAACCAACUUCGUUGUUUAGCAUAUGUGGACUUUUCGGAUCCACUGAAAAUCUACUAUAUCUAUUCAAGAUUACAGUUCUGUAAGCCUCUAACCUUUCUCUUGGGUCCAAGUUCCAACUUGCGUCUUCCUUUCUCUCUCAUUUCGCAUUGUUCUUCGAUAUUAUGGCUUUUUGCUUGGCGGGUGUUUGCUUAUACUCGAAUUAGCAUAAUAUCCUAGUUGGGUUUUCGAUUUCAUUGAAGAAAAAUAUAAUCUUGGGGAUAUUUAGGAAGAUGAUGCCGGCGACAUGCCAUAAACUUGAGUUUGGUCGAACUGCGUUUGUUGAUUCCGUUCCUUGUGGGUGUUCUUUCAGUUCUUCAUUCGACCGGUUUCCUUCAAGAAAUUACGCACGAGCGGUGAUUAGGACUGUGAAUAGGGGCUACUUUGGCGGUGGCGGUGGCGGUGGCCGGAAAUUGAUAUGUUGCCGCCGUGAUAAUAACAUCGCAAAGUGUCGAGUGUUUUCAACUGAAGCUCCUGGGACUUUACUAAAUGGUGAUGUACCAGGUCCUCCACCAGUUUUAAAUGGGAAGAAAGAAUCCACAACCGAUUUGUUUGAAGCUGUUUCUGAUGACCUUCUAACAUUGAACAAGAAUCUACAAUCUAUUGUUGGUGCAGAAAACCCGGUUUUAAUGUCUGCAGCUGAGCAGAUUUUUAGUGCGGGUGGAAAGAGAAUGAGACCAGCCUUGGUUUUCUUAGUGUCAAGAGCCACAUUAGCACUUGCAGGUUUAGAUGAACUCACAAGAGAACAUAGGCGUUUGGCUGAGAUCAUUGAAAUGAUUCAUACUGCAAGCUUGAUACAUGAUGAUGUGUUGGAUGAAAGCGACAUGAGAAGAGGUAAAGAAACCGUUCAUCAGAUAUAUGGUACACGAGUGGCAGUCCUAGCUGGCGAUUUCAUGUUUGCCCAGUCAUCAUGGUAUCUUGCUAAUCUUGAAAAUCUCGAGGUCAUAAAACUUAUUAGCCAGGUUAUUAAAGAUUUUGCAAGUGGUGAAAUAAAACAGGCAUCAAGUUUAUUCGAUUGUGAUGUUAAACUGGAUGAAUAUUUAAUCAAAAGCUACUAUAAAACCGCAUCAUUAAUCGCUGCUAGCACAAAAGGAGCAGCCAUUUUUAGUGGUGUAGCCAAUGAUGUCAGCGAACAGAUGUAUCAAUAUGGGAAGAAUCUUGGCCUAUCCUUCCAGGUUGUCGAUGACAUAUUGGAUUUCACACAGUCAGCAGAGCAAUUGGGUAAGCCAGCUGGCAGUGACCUGGCGAAAGGAAAUCUUACUGCACCCGUGAUUUUUGCUCUUGAAAAAGAGUCAAGGCUGAGGGAUAUUAUUGAGUCAGAGUUUUGUGAAACGGGGUCUCUUGGUGAAGCUAUUGAACUUGUGAUGAAUAGUGGUGGGAUUGAAAGGGCAAGGACUUUAGCUAAGCAUAAAGCUGACGUGGCAAUUCAGUGUCUUCAGUGUCUUCCUCAGAGUGCGUUUCGGAUGGCUCUUGAGGGGAUGGUUAAGUUUAAUCUUGAGCGGAUUGACUGAAAAUAUAUUUGAUAUUUGAUAUUUGAUAUUUGAAGAUGUAUAAGGUUAUGAAAUUAUAGGAAAUUCAUAUAAGUGGAAGAAAGGAAAUAAAGAUUCAUGAGUGUUGUUGUAUACUGAUUAUUAUAUUCUUUUUAAGAUGAUCAUAAUUCUAAGUUCUUGUUCCUCGC